AACGCACCAGAAUAUCUUCUUCCUUAAGCAGCUCCAAACUUUCCUCCCUGGUCUCCGUGUUCCCCCGGCUGACGCUAGGAGCUGUCCGAGGCUCUGACAGCAGGGGACAAACUAACCGCAUUUCGACUCGUUAAUGAAAAGAAUCCAGACGGCAAACCCGGGCUGACCGCGGGGAGCUGAGUCUGGAUGAUCGCUGUUCAGCGGAGCUCUCAGAGGAAAAGUGUUGAUCCCAAGGACGUUCCUGUUCGGCGCGAGGAGACAUGAACGAGCGCAGAGCUCAUCUUCCCAUCCUCCUGAUCCUGGUGGAGGUGAUGGUGGGAAUGAGUACUGAAGCCGCUCCCUCUGAGGAUGCUCCAUCCAUCACCACAGUAGGCACUCUGGUGAGGGGCGCCAAGCUUUUCCCCACCACCCAAGACUCAGGCCGGAGGCCGCCUGUGGUCACCACCAUCUCACCCAUUAACGUUCCGAAUCACCACCCACUCUACAGGAACAACCGCCAACACCAGACUACACCUGGUCCUCAUGGUCGGUUUAAGUACUUUGUAGACUCUGGCAUAUCCAACAUGCAGCCCACUUACUUCAUCCCGCCAUCUGAAAUCCCACCGGAAAAACACAGAAAACUUUCACCUGCGAGUGCUGAGAGCUCCAGCAUGGAAGCAGCCACAUUAUCAGCCAAUUCCCACUUCAGUAGCCCGGUUCAAGUUAGCAACACAGUUUUAAGGGAUUCUACCAGCAAUCCUCCCAUAGCUGCAGAGCAGGAAGAGUCACAGCCAAGGACUGAUGAGGAAGAGCCAAGCACGACCACCAUACAGAGUCCAGUUUCCUGCCAAAUUAAUCUCACUGGUCCUGAAGGCUACAUAGAGGCUCCACCACAGUCCAGCUCUUCUUUUCACUCCACUGUGGAUUGCACUUACAUAAUUACUGUCUAUAUGGGCUACGGUGUUGAGGUCCAGGUGAUGAAUGUGAACCUGUCUGAGAGUGAGAAGGUGGUUUUUGAAGACAUGAUCCAUGGAGAGAACAACAUGCUGGCCAAUGAAUCCAUCCUGAUGAAAGGUUUGGUUUUACGAAGUCACAGUAACCAAAUCUCCAUCCAUGUUCACAGUCUGAGGUCUCAGACUAGAUCCCUCCUGCUCAGAUACCAAGCCUUCGUGUUGAGCUGCAUCUUCCCUCGACGGCCUCUUUACGGCGAUGUAUCAGUGAACAGCCUCCAUUCUGGAGGAAAGGCGUUCUUCUCUUGUCGGACUGGCUACCGGCUGCAGGGCUCCACUGUGCUAACAUGCUGCAAUGCUAGCACCCCCUACUGGAGUGGCAAGAAACCACACUGUCUAGCUGCUUGUGGGGGAUUCAUCAGAAACGUCACAGUUGGUCGGAUUAUCUCUCCUGGUUUUCCCAACAACUACAGCAACAAUCUAACUUGUCAAUGGUUGCUGGAGGCCCCUGAGGGCCAAAAGCUGCACAUCCAUUUUGAGAAAGUAGCCCUGGCCGAAGAUGAUGAUCGGUUGCUGAUCAAGAACGGUAACAGUAUAAUUGCACCUGUGUUAUAUGAUUCCUAUGAAGUUGAAUACCUACCAAACGAAGGCCUCCUUAGCACAUCCAGGAAUCUUUUCAUCGAGAUUACCACAGAUGCUUCAGGAACAUCCACUGGCAUUGCCAUCAGGUACCAAGCCUUUGCAGCAGGCCACUGCUACGAACCCUUUGUGAAGUAUGGAAAUCUGACCAGUAGCGACAGCACUUGGGCGGUGGGAGCUGUGGUGGAGUUUUCCUGUGACCCGGGCUAUACCUUAGAACAAGGAUCUGUCACCAUUGAAUGCAUGGACCUCAGCAGUCCACAGUGGAACGAUACUGAACCUGCCUGCAGAGCUGUUUGUAGUGGUGAGAUCACAGACUCUGCUGGAGUUGUUCUCUCUCCUAAUUGGCCUGAAGCCUACGAUAAGGGACAGGACUGUAUCUGGGGAAUCCAUGUCCAGGAAGACAGGAGGAUCAUGCUGGACAUCCAGGAGUUGAACAUUGGAAAGAAUGAUAUAUUGACUAUUUAUGAUGGAGAUGACCUUACAGCCAGAGUCCUGGGUCAGUACGGGGGAUUAAAACCUCACUUUAAAAUCUACACCUCCACCGCAGAUGUCACCAUCCAGUUCCAGUCUGACCCCGCCACCAACAUCUACGGAUAUGGAAAUGGCUUCAUCAUCCACUUCUUUGAAGUAGCUCGUAACGACACUUGUCCUGAGCUCCCUGAGAUUGCUAACGGCUGGAAGAGUUCAUCCCAGCCUGAGCUGGUCCAGGGCACCGUGGUGACUUACCAGUGUUACCCCGGUUAUCAGCUGUUGGGCUCCGAGCUGGUCAUGUGUCAGUGGGACCUCACCUGGAGUGGUGACAUUCCCACUUGUGAGAGAGCUGUAUCCUGUUCUGAUCCUGGGAAAGUGGAGAAUAGCACGCGGGUUAUGUCUGCCCCACAUUUUAUUGUGGGUUCAACUAUCCAGUAUAUCUGCAACAAAAGAUUUAGGCUUUCUGGAAACAGCCUGCUCACCUGCUUCAGUCGAGGCUCUCUGGGCCCCAGAUGGAACCAGAAGCUGCCUAGAUGCCUGCCUGAGACUUUUGAGCCUUGCAGUCAUCCAGGGACCCCCUCCAAUGCGACCUCCAGCUCCAAUAAGCUUCACUUCCAGGUUGGAGAGACCCUGCACUACUCCUGCCACUCUGGACACCAGCUCUUGGGUGAUCCUGUUCUCCACUGUGUCUCUGGACACCCAUCUCAGUGGAGUAGGCUGCCACCUGUCUGUAAAGUGUCUUCUGCAAACUUUGGGAUGGAGAGAGUCCAGGUGACUGUUGCUGUCCUCAUCAUCAUCCUCCUCAUCCUCUGCACGGGGGUCUACCUUUACUAUUCGAAGGGUCAGAGGAAGCCCCUCCAGUUCUCCCUGUCCUCCAGCUCACCUUAUGAAAACAUCAUUGGAGAAACCAUGAUAGACACCUCCGUCUAUCAUGGCCACACCUUUGAGACAACGAUCACUGAGGAAACCAGAGAAUAUGAGGUUUCCAUCUGAAGACACCAGCAUUGUCUGUGUUGCAGAAUAAACUGAUAUGAAUCUGACUGGCUUUUUCAAUGCUCUUCACACUCACUCCUCUGUGGCAAUGAGCCUCCUUUUAUCGACACCACGGGGCCUAGAGAAGCUUUUCACCAGUAAAAGUCCAGCAGCAACAGGCUGUACAGUUAUUACUCCCUUCUUCACAUCCUGAGGGCAUCUCAGACAGCAGAAGGAAAGGGAGGGAAACGGUGGAACUGCAACUUUUCUGUUACUUAACCUUCAUUAAACAUCCUGACAUCAGCUUUUAUCAGUGCCACUAAAACUACUACUUAUUAUACUGAUUAACCUCCUGGAGCUUACUGUACCUUAAACAAAAGGAAUUCCUCUGCUUUUGAGAGGGAGUUGUUGGAUCGAUGGUUUAGGACAGAAAUGGGUCCUGGGGUAAAAUUAUCCAAGCUCAGUAACAAGAAACAGCUAGCUUUGCCCAGUGAUUAAAUAUUUACCAUGAACAACUCUGGAAAUGAAUAAAACAUGCUGUAUAUUAAUAACGUUAAAAUUGAAAAAUAGAGAAGGAGUAUUUUACUCAUCUACUGUUGAACAAAACGGUGGAAGAUGUGAGGAAAUGAAGUUUGGAAAAUAUCUGCAAACAAAAAUUAAAAUCAAUGUGACAGUUUCCAGGGAUUCCUGUUUUUGUUGUUAAUUUAACUUAUAGAUUUUGUAUUCCUGUAGAAAUGUGAGUUUAUUCUUGGUAAAGAAUAAGAGAUGUUUACUGACUGAUUUCUGCAGACAUCAGCCAGUUUAUUAAUCCUUGUAUUACAGCAGAUUGUCAGGUCAGGAUUUUAAAGGGAAAAUAUUGUGGAAAAAUAAAAAAAAACUUUUUGUUCUCAUGCUUGUGUGUUUGGAUGUUUGUUUGACUUUCAAUUUAAAAUCUCUGGCUAACAAAACUCUGUCCCACUUUUGGUCUUAAAAUUCAUCAGUUCAGUCUUGUUGCAUCCAAGCCUGUGAAUGAACCCUUCAGAUCAGCAGUCAGUGUUUCUGGUAUAUUUCUAAAGUUACAAUCAGAAUUUUCACCAGCAACACUUUUAUCUCGGGAAAAUAAACCACAUUAUCAGUGCAUCGUCCAUGAUUUUUUUAAUGGUUUUUAUUGAUGUUAAUUCAUGAAAAUGUUGAACACAACAAAAUGACUCUGUUUUCCAAGACAGAACAAAAUGAUUUAAUAAAGGUGGGCACAUGCUACAGGAUAAUCAGGCCAUUUUUGUCCCAAUCUUUCUCUACGAUCAAAGCUAG